CAAGCACUAACAAAUUUGCCAUCUGACCGUUCUUCCACUUGAUAUAAGAACAAGGCCCCUCAAUAGAUGUUUCCAAUUGCCAUAUAAAGUAGUUAUAAAAUACUUUUAGUGUAUACUUAAAUAUCCCAUUACCAAUAGCUUUUGCCAAAAGACUAAACUGUUUUUGCUUCUAUUACCUAUAUUAUUAUUAUUGCAAGCAAGUGCAUGCUUUACUAAUAAUUUUGUAGUUACCAAGAGUUAGAAAAGAGAUAUUCUAACACUUAGCUAAUAACAAGUUUUUUUUGGGAAAAAAAAAUGAGGUCUUUGUUUGAUCUGUUUAUUGUUGCUUCAAUGCCUAUUUUGAAGGUUCUUUUGAUCACUGCCUUAGGCUCAAUUCUUGCCAUUAAUCGUAUCGACAUCUUGGGAAAGACGGCCACACAUCAUCUGAACAAACUUGUGUUUUUUGUUUUUGGUCCUGCACUGGUUGGUAGCAACUUGGCUAAGACAGUCGCCAUAAAAAGCUUUCUUACUUUAUGGUUCAUGGUAGUAAACAUCUUGCUUACAUUUCUAUUGGGGUCAGCAAUGGGUUGGGUACUUGCUAAAUUAACGAAAGCUCCAAAGCACAUCAAAGGCCUCAUUUUGGCAUCUUGUUCUGCUGGUAAUUUUUAUAAUUCAUCCCAUCUCUUUACUUUUAUUUAUGAAAUACUAGUAGUUUUGGCAUCUAAUUUUACUGUAAAACCAGGAAAUCUAGGGAAUACCAUCAUCAUUCUCCCUGCAAUGUGCAAAGAGAAAGGCAGUCCAUUUGGAGCACCUGAUGUUUGUGAACGCUAUGGUCUAGCUUAUGCUUCACUUUCAAUGGCGAUUGGAACCGUGUACUUCUGGCUAUAUACUUACAACAUAGUUCGGAUCUCUUCGAAGGAGGCAACAGCGAGCACAAGUGUAACUGAUGAAACAUUAGUGAAUGUACAACCCCAAGAAGAACCACCCUUGCAUUCUUCAGAUAACUAUGCUCUUGAAGAUCCACCUCUCUCACACUCUUCUAAAUCAAUGGUUAAAUUGUCUUCCAGGAUAAAGCAGUGCUUAAGAAUUAUCUCCAAAGAGUUCAACCUUAAGGCAGUCUUGGCACCUUCAACUAUUGGAGUGAUGAUUGGAUUUUUUAUUGGGACAAUUUCUCCGCUUCGUAAACUGCUCAUGGAUAAUACUCUUCAUGUUGUUGGAGACACAAGUUUCAUGAUUGGAGAUGCAGCCAUCCCCUGUAAAACCUUGAUACUCGGCGCCAACCUACAGAGAGGUUUAAGGGGAUCAGGAAUUCAAGUUGCAACAAUUAUGGGAAUAGUAGCAGUUCGGUAUCUAUUUCUUCCUCUGCUGGGUGCUCUUAUUGUUAAGGGUGCUGUUCAAGCUGGGUUUGUGCAAUCGCACGAUAUAUUCUUUCAGUUUGUUCUUCUGCUUCAGUACACCAUGCCUCCAGCAGCUAGCAUCAGUACAGUGACAGAGCUGUUUAAAGCAGGGCAGAAUGAGUGUUCAGUUAUCAUGCUUUGGACAAAUAUUUUGGCUCCGAUAACACUCACUCUUUGGUGCACAUUCUUCCUCUGGCAUCUGGCUUAACGACAUUGAACGUUUCUUAGAACCAAAUCUUUCUCACAAGACAACAUUAGUGACUGGCUAACAAUGGGAUUAUGUAGACAUGAAGACAUCAUCUUCGGUUUUACGCUGUAUGUACUAGUACGGUAAGCAAUUUUUCUUAGAAAAUGGGGAUCAGAUUUAUCAGUUUUACUUCACUAUUUUGAUGGUUUCUUGCAAAUAAUUUGAUUUUAUUUCACUAUUUUGAUGUAAUUCCUUUACAAGUAUUCCCUUUGUAUUCAACUGAAAAUUUUAAGACCAUAAAAUGGAAAUUACAAUCAUUUUGUUAAAAAAUUUA